AUGAAUAACAUAAAUGUAGUGUGUUUAGGAGGUGCUAGCGAAGUAGGUAGGUCUUGCGUGAUUAUUGAAAGUGAGAAAACUUCAAUCAUGUUAGAUUGUGGAAUACAUCCAGCCUUUAUGGGAAUUGGAUGCUUACCAAUUUAUGAUGCCUAUGAUAUUUCAAAAAUUGAUUUAUGCUUAAUAACUCAUUUUCAUAUGGAUCACAGUGGAGCAUUACCUUAUUUAAUAAACAGGACUAGAUUUAAAGGAAGAGUUUUUAUGACAGAAGCAACUAAGAGCGUUUGUUAUUUACUAUGGAAUGAUUAUGCUCGAAUUGAGAAGUGUGUGAAUCUUAUGAAUAAGAAUAAAGCUAGUAAAAAUAAAAAAAAUAUGGACGAUGAUAAUAUAUCAGAUGGAGAUAGUAUUGCAAAUAAUGCAUACAGCAGUGAUGAGCAUAUUGAUGUUGAUUAUUAUGAUAAUGAUAUAUAUAACAACAGUGAUGGAAGUAACAAUAUUUUAUAUGACGAAAAUGAUAUUGAUAGAACAAUGGACAUAAUUGAAACCAUAAAUUUUCGUCAAGAUUUUGAAUUUCCUAAUGUUAAAUUUACUGCUUAUAGAGCAGGCCAUGUUAUCGGUGCUUGCAUGUUUUUAAUUGAGAUAAAUAACGUAAGGUUUUUAUACACAGGUGAUUAUAGUAGAGAAAUAGAUAGACAUAUUCCUAUUGCUGAAAUACCUAAUAUUGAUGUGCAUGUAUUAAUAUGUGAAGGAACAUAUGGAAUAAAAGUUCAUGACAAUAGAAAAAAAAGAGAAAUUCGUUUUUUAAAUGUUUUAACAAAUAUUUUAAAUAAUAAAGGAAAAGUGUUAUUACCUGUUUUUGCUUUAGGUAGAGCACAAGAAUUGCUAUUAAUAUUAGAAGAACAUUGGGAAAAAAAUGAGUAUCUACAUAGUAUCCCAAUAUUCUAUAUUUCCUCUAUGGCUACUAAAUCUUUAUGUAUUUAUGAAACUUAUAUAAAUUUAUGUGGAGAUUUUGUUAAAAAAAUUGUUAAUGAAGGGAAGAACCCUUUUAAUUUUAAAUAUGUAAAAUAUGCAAAAUCACUUGAUUCCAUUUUAAAUUAUUUAUAUCAAGAUAAUAACCCAUGUGUUAUAAUGGCAUCUCCGGGUAUGCUACAAAAUGGAAUAUCAAAAAGUAUUUUUAACAUAAUUGCUUCUGAUAAAAAAAGUGGAGUAAUUUUAACUGGUUAUACAGUAAAAGGUACUCUAGCAGAUGAAUUAAAAACAGAACCCGAAUUUGUAACAAUUAACGAUAAAGUAGUUAAAAGAAAAUGCCGUUUUGAACAAAUUUCAUUUAGUGCUCAUUCAGAUUUCAAUCAAACAAAAACUUUUAUCGAAAAAUUAAAAUGUCCUAAUGUUGUUUUAGUCCAUGGUGAUAAAAAUGAAUUAAACAGAUUAAAAAAUAAAUUAAUGGAAGAAAAACAAUAUCUAUCUGUUUUUACUCCUGAAUUGUUACAAAAAUUAUCUUUUCAUUUUGAACAGAAUGAUUAUCUUAUAUCUUUGGGAAAAUUAUCACAUCAUAUUAAAAAAAUUAAUAAAGAAAUAAACAAAAAAAAUAAAUUAAAGUAUGAACAAGAAGAGAUUAGUGACUGUGCGAAAAUAAAAGAAGAUCAGGAUCUAGAAAUGAAUAAUAAUUCCCUAAUCAUUGAAGACUCUAAUAAAAAUAUAAAAUUUAUUACAAAUGAUUCAGAAAUUGUGAAGAAUGAAAAAAAAGAAUUAAACGAAAAUGAUCUUAAUAAUUUUGAUAUAGAAAUUAUAAAUCAACAGAAAAAAAGUCCGUUGCAACAAUCUGAAGAUAGUGAUAACUCGCAAACAAAAUUAAGUAGUGGUAAAAAAGAAAACAAAAGAAAAUCCCACGAAAUAGAAGCUAUUAUCAUAUCUGAACCAAAAAAGAUACCUAUACUUAUUUAUCCAAGUGAUAUUUAUGAAUGCACAAAUUUAAAAACAGCAUUAAUAGAUCAGACAAUUAAUUUAAAAUAUCCAUAUAAAUUUAAUUUAUUAUAUAAUGUUUUGAGUAGUGUAUAUGAAGAAAUAGAUAUAGAUGAUGACAUUAUUUUUGUAAAAGAUGUAAAAAUAUCAUACUGUAAGGAAGCAAAAAUAAUAAAAAUAAAUUGGCUAUCAAGUCCCAUUAAUGAUUUAAUAGCUGAUAGUGUUAAUUUUUUAAUUCUUGAGUUUUUGCAUACAAUGAUUUCUAAUAAAGCUUUGCCUGUUUGCGAUGCUGUAACUGAUCAAAAUAUAUAUGAAAUGAUUAUUUCAUUUGUCGAAGAAAAUUAUACAAAUGUAGAAAGAAUUUCUAAAAUGGAAAUAAAAAAAUUUUUAUUGAAUAAUAAUGUUAAAAACAUAGUUGAAGAAAAAAAAGAAUUUUAUAUGGAUAGUAGCAAAAAUGAAAAUAAUAAUGAGAACUAUAAAAUCAACGAAAAUCAUAUGAACAAAGAAGAUAUAUAUCUAAAUAAUUAUAAUGAGAGUACAAAUUAUAGCGCUAAUACAAAUAAUUUUAAUAAAAAAGAAAAUCAUAAUACAUAUGAUGAGCUACUUUUAGAUUAUAUUGCAAAUGAUAUACAUUUUGAAAACAAUAAUGAUGAAAUAAAUGAAAUACUCAAAUUCGAAGUAAAAGAUAAUUUUAAUAAUAAUGUUAAUGUUUUUGUUGAUAUUGAUAAAAGAGAAAUUAUUUGUAAAGAAAAAAACAUUUUAAUAAAAAUUAAAGAAAUUUUAAGAAAUAUAGAAGAAUCAUUACUACCUAUGUGUUUUUAA